CCAUCAUGAAGUUGAACAUUGCGGCCUACGCUCUGGCCGCCUCUGGUCUCGCGACCGCUUCAAACUCCUUUGCGGGAUCUAGCCUGUAUUUUCUCCCAGGUCUUUCGGCGACCGACCAAGCCUACUACAUCGACACUCUCGCCAGCUACGGAGCCAAGGUUGUUCGCAUCUGGAUCAACGAGAUCGACACCGGCUGCGUCAAAGGCAGCAAUGUCGUCACAAGCGUUCAGGAUUUCGAAACAACCAUCGGCCAGUACAAUUGGGACUCUCUGGCCAAGGUCGACAAAGUUCUCGCGCAACUGGCGGCAAAGGGGAUGAAGGCCAUCAUCUCUCCCCACGACGGGAACGUGAUCCACGAUCAAAACACCAAGGGUAACGGCUGCGAUGUUUAUUGCAAUACGUACUGGACCUCAUUCUAUGACAACUCCGAUGCUCAGAAGCAAUACGACGCCCGUAUCAAGGCCAUCUUGACGUACACGUCUCCCAGCAGCGGCUUGCAGUGGGGGAACUGGUCCGAGGCUAUCCUGGCGUUUGAUCUCCAGAACGAGCCUUUCCAGUUUACCUCUGAUGGGGCCAACGGUGAUCCUUCGAACUGGCUCUGCAACCGAGCAACGAACUUUAAGAAGUACAUCACGGACUCUAACAUCAAGGUUGCCACCGGAGGUAUUGGAGGUGAUCAGUCACACGGUUACAACUUGCUCAAGAAGGCCUUGACUUGCUCGGACAUUGAUAUCAUGAGCAUCCAUGCCUAUGUUGGCCAAGCGAAUACCUGGGGUGCUCUUUUGCCAGGCUUUGAGUCUACUGCUGCGUCCAACAACAAGCUGCUCCACGUCGAAGAAUGGGGGGUUCAGACUGACUAUGCCUCUGACUUCAACGAUCAAGCUGCCUCUCUCAAUGCGCAAGGAAUUCCAUGGACAUACUGGCAAAUGAUCCCGGGAUCAGACGGUACCCAGUCCUGCAGCAGUGGCUGCUGCGAAUACUACGACGGCUUCGAGGUCGGCUUCAACAGCGGCAAGGGAAACCUACAAUAUGCCAUUUCCCAAGCAAACAGUGAGACGACUAAACAGGACUGGAGCUUCGUUGGCGCGCCCCCGAAUGGAGGAGGUUCUAACCCACCUCCUCCUCCUCCGCCUCCGACCAACGAUUACCCCUGUGACAGCUGUACCUGGGGGGCUGGAGCUGUAGCAGUUCGUCUCCUUGCCAGUCGGCUUACUCUUGCGUGGGAGGAUACUGCAAGGACUGCACCUGGGGGUGUGGUGGUUGGGACUGCAGCGCAUCCCAGCCGUGUAAUGCGGAUUACACGUGUGUUGACGGCGUCUGCCACCACGCUGGGCCAGCAACUGGGAAGUGUUAGAAGUACUGGGUGA